CCUCUCAUCAUUCAUGUUUCUCUCUCUCUCUCCCUCUCCCUUCCUCUCUGAAAUCCAUAAAUUUAAAAAAGCACCAUUUAAUCCCAUCUCCACGAUGUUCUACAGACUCGAUCUCGGAUAAGCCUUAAAACCAACCGGAACUUGUAGGAAGUUAAUACUGUCUCGGAGUCAUUCUUAGACGAACUCAGCAGAGGGAGGUUUGUGCAAACGCAGCGGGAAGGGGCGAGCGCAGCGGCCGGAGCGCAGGUGCCGUGGGUCCGGGGGCGCGGGCCGAGGCCGCCCCGACCCAAUCACGCGGGAUUGGAGGCAGCUGCGCGGGCCUCGGCCUCUUCCCGCCCACGGGCCGGGCUGCUCCGAAGGUGGACCUGCGGCUGCAGCGCCUGGACCUCUGGGCCGGCCUCCACGGCCAGGUCCCGGGGCUGCGGGACUGGGACAUGGGCAACGAGUGCUUCCUGGCCAGCACCACCGCGCACCUGCCCCCCGCCGAGCAGAACCUUGCCAGAUACAGACUCCAUGUGGUUGAGCCACCACGACUGCCUGUGAGGAAAAGCCCCUCCCCUGAUGAAGAUGGUCCAGACACUGAGCCCAACCUGUGGAUGUGGGUGAACCCCAACAUCGUGUUUCCCCCUGGAAAGCUGGAGGUCUCACAGCCCAGGAAGGGGGAGGGCUUGACCAGCAUACUCCCCUCCCCUCCGCUGCCCCCGAAAGAGGAAGACUGUGCCCACUGCUCAAAGGUCCAUGCCGUGGAGCUGCUGCCUGCGUCCUCCAGGGAGCAGUCUCCCCCUCGGCAGCAACUCCCUUCUUCCCCCAGCAGCUCAGAGGUCACAGAAGAGGAGGCUAAGGACCAGCACGGCCGCUCCUCUGUGGCUCUCCUGUCCCCGCACAAAAGGGCCCCCCUCCAGAGUCGGAGGCUCCGGCAAGCCACCAGCCAGGAGGGGAGGCCCUGGCCCCGGCCCCCCCUCAAUUACUUCCACCUCAUAGCACUGGCACUAAGAAACAGUCCCCCCUGCGGCCUCAACGUGCAGCAGAUCUACAGUUUCACCCGACAGCAUUUCCCCUUCUUCCGGACGGCGCCUGAGGGCUGGAAGAACACCAUCCGCCACAACCUCUGCUUCCGAGCCAGCUUUGAGAAAGUUCGGGCCAGCACGCCGGCCGGGGCCUGCCUCUGGAAGCUGACGGAGGAGGGACGCCGCCGCUUCGAGGAGGAGGCCGGGGCCUUGUCCUCCGAGCAGCUGGAAAGGAUCCAGCAGUGCAUGAGCCAGCCAGGUGUGAUGCCCUUCCUCUUUGACCUGUAAGUCCAAGGCGGAGAGGCAGCGUGUGCCGUAUUAAAGUUCCCUGCAGCAGUAGUGUGUGUGUGGUCUCUGAGGAGGGGGGAGGGGAAGGGGAGGUGAGCUCUGAGGUUGGGAAUGGGGUGUCCUCAGAGCUGAUGGAUGCCCCAGAGGCAAUGGGCCAGUGGUCUGGUGUGCAGCAAAGGGGUCCCAUACUCUUCCUCUCCUCAAAGGAAGAAAAUACUUACCGUCUUUGGGAUCCUGGUGCA